GGCAGCCGGCCGUCAGUGACCCGAGCCGAGGAUGCGGCGGCAGCUCUGGGCCUCCUGGUCCUGCCGCUGCCUUCUGCUCGUCAUCAGCGCCCAUGCAUCACCAGCGUCCGCCGGCGGAGACCUGCUGCGUCCGUGCGACGAGACGGACUUCUACUACCAGUACACAGAGUGCGACAGCACGGGCUCACGCUGGCGCGUCGCCAUCCCUCUGAGCCCGGGCUCCUGCUCCGACCUCCCGCCUCCAACCAGAGGAACCGACUGCUCCUUCUCGUGUCCGGCCGGCAUGUAUCUGGAGAUGUCCACGCAGCAGUGCACGCCGUGCGCCGCGGGCUCCUACUCGCUGGGCAGCGGCCUCCGCUUCGACCAGUGGGACUCCAUCCCCGCAGGCUUCACCAGCCUGGCCAGCUUCCUGGACCCGGGUCCGAGCGGAGAGGACGCCCAGGCCUGCAACAGCUCGUCGUGGACGCCGCAGGGCGUGUACCUGGAGUCCAACCGGGACGAGUGCACGGUGUCUCUGGUCUACGCCGUCCACCUGGAGAAGCAGGGCUCCGUGUCCUUCACCUACCAGUACCCCGACAACAACAUCUUCUUCGAGUUCUACAUCCAGAAUGAGCAGUGUCAGGAAAUGGUCCAGACCGAUGACCAGAAGUGGAUCAAAGUCACCAGCACCGGAGACUGGGACACACACACUGUGAACCUGAAGUCAGGCAUGAACAUCCUGUACUGGAGAACCACGGGCAUCCUGGUGGGAGGGAAGAUGGUGAAGCCGGUUCUGAUCCGGAGCAUCCAGAUCGAGGGCGUGGCCUACACCUCGGAGUGCUUCCCGUGCCGGCCCGGCUGGUUCAGCCCGAGCCCCGGCUCCUCGUCCUGCCAGCCGUGUCCCAGCAACAGCUUCUCCAUAAAGGGAGCGCCGUCCUGCACGCGCUGCCCUGAGCACUACUACUCGCACGAGGGCUGGGCGGAGUGCAAGGUGAAGCCGCCGUGCUCCGAGAAGGAUUACUUCCAGAUCCACACGGCCUGCGACAGCGAAGGGAAGACGCAGGUGCUGUACCGCUGGGUGGAGCCCAGGAUUUGCGUGGAGAACGUGACGGGCGCGGCGGCGCUGCCGGCGACGGGGCAGAAGGAGCCCUGCCCCCCCUGCAACCCCGGCUACUACAACAGCAACGACUCCACCUGCUCGCCCUGCCCGGCCGGAACGCACUCCGACGGCACCGGAGCAUGCACCCAGUGCCCCGCCGGGACCGAGCCCGUGUUGGGCUACGAGUACAAGUGGUGGAACGUGCUGCCGCCCAACAUGAAGACCUCCUGCUUCAACGUGGGCAACUCCAAGUGCGACGACAUGAACGGCUGGGAGGUGGCGGGGGACCACGUGCGCAGCGGCGCCGGCAGCUCCGAUAACGACUACCUGAUCCUCAGCCUGCACGUGCCCGGCUUCAAGGUCCCCGCCUCGCUGUCGGGGAUGACCACCGGCGAGUUCGGCCGCAUCACCUUCGUGUUCGAGACCAUCUGCUCUGCCGACUGCGAGCUCUACUUCAUGAUGGACGUGAACAGGAAGAGCACCACCGUGGUGGAGUCCUGGGAGGGCUCCAAAGGGAAGCAGUCGUACACGCACAGCAUGAGCCGGAACGCCUCGGUCACGUACACGUGGGCCUUCCAGAGGACCAACCACGCGCUGGACCUGCGGCGCCUCGUCGGCGACACGGUGAAGCUGUACUCCAUCAGCGUGACCAACGUCCUGGACGGCGUGGCGUCGGCGUGUCGGGCCUGCGCCCUGGUCCCCCAGAACUCGCAGCGGGCCGGCUCCUCCUGCGUCCCCUGCCCCGCGGGCUUCUACAUCGACAGAGACACCAACCGGUGCCAGGAGUGCCCGGCCGACACGCACCUGGCGGGGAGGCACACCUACGGCCGGGACGCGUGCGUGGCCUGCGGCCCGGGGAGCGUCAGCGACAAGGAACACUCGCUCUGCUACAGCGACUGCUCCUUCUCACACACGGAAAACAACCGGACGCUGACCUUUGACCUCAGCGCUCUGAGCGACGUGGCCUCGCUGACCGUCGGUCCGAGUUUCACCUCCAAAGGCACAAAGUACCUUCACCUGUUCAACAUUAGUCUGUGUGGCCACGAGGGGAAGAGAGCUGCCGUCUGCACCGACAACGUCACUGACGUGUCCAGCAAAGACGAGCAGAGGGACUCGGCCCAGUUCGUCAACUCGGUGGACAGCUUCAUGUGUCAGUCGACCAUCAUCCCGGCCGAUGGGCGGGGCUUCAGGCUGGCCAUUUCCUCCCAGUCCAUCAGUCUGGCUGACACGUUCAUCGGAGCGACAGUCGACUCCGUCCUGGACGGCGUCAACGCUAAACCAGAUCUUUUCCCCGAAAACCCAAGGGAUGUUCCUGACAUUAACUUCUUCUACAGGUCCACUCAGGCGACGGCGUCGUGCGAUCAGGGCCGGAGUUCCGUGGUCACGCUUCGCUGCGACCCGGAGAGGAGCGAGCGCGGCGAGCUGUCGGUGCCCAGCUCCUGUCCCGCGGGGACGUGCGACGGCUGCACCUUUCACUUCCUGUGGGAGAGCGCGAGCGCGUGUCCUCGCUGCACGGCGGACGACUACCACCAGAUAGAGGGAGCCUGCAGGAGGGGCGUCCAGGAAACUCUGUACGUGUGGAACGAGCCCAGGCUGUGCACCGGUGGGGUUUCCCUGCCCCCGCGCACCUCCUCCCCCUGCGAGGCCGUGGCGCUGUGGCUGAAAGUGGGGGUCGGCGGCGGGGCGUUCCUCGCUGUGCUGCUCAUCGCCCUCACCUGCUAUUUCUGGAAGAAAAACAAGAGGCUGGAGUACAAGUACUCCCGUCUGGUGAUGUCCGCCAACAAGGAGUGUGAGCUGCCGGCCGCAGACAGCUGUGCCCUGGCCGAAGGAGAGGAGCUGGAGGACGACGUGGUCUACGCCAAGAAGCCGUCGCUGCUGGGGAAGCUGCGCGCCAUCGCCAGCAAGCACGAGGACGGAGAGAGCAGCGAGUCGGUGCAGCUGAACUCCUCCCAGUCCGACCGCUGGGUUCUGGGAUAAACGGAAGGCGCCAGAGGGGGACAGAUGUGCCAUUCAGCCCCUCCUCACCGGCCCGGGGGGGGGGGGGGGGCACCAACAUAAGCCCAGUCGUCGCUGGAGCCGCUUUACUGUGGGGCAGAACCUGGACUCUGGCUUUGACUCCUGCACCCGAACCCAGCAGCAAACCUGCUGCUUCAACGAAGGUGGAGCUGCAAGAGAAAUGAGCUUUUGACUUUUUUCUAUGUUUUGUAUUUUUCUUCUUUUUCUGUUUGACGUCAUGUAUUUCUAUUAAUGUUAUGAUGAUGAUGAUGAUGAUGAUCCUUUAAUAAAGUCCAGUUUGGCUUUGA